AUGGGCAUCAUCCGUGGUACCCUCAAACUCACCACCAUCGGCACCGCCGCCACCCUGGGCACCUUCUUCUGGGCCACCCGCGAAAGCACCUUCGUCUCGCUCCCAGUCACAGACCACAUCUUCCAGUCGAAAUUGUUCAGCAAGUUCAACCCGUCAAAGAACCCCACGACGCACGAUCUGUGUAUCCGGAAAGUGCCGCUGUCGGAAAUUAACCCCGCACUGCUGGAGAAGAAGGGGAAGUUGGUGGAGGCGUUUUGUGCGGGUGUUUGGAGUGGAUGGGGGUAUGCUUUCCAGCGCGCAUAUCUAGCAAGGAAGUACCAAGGUCCCGAGACCGCUAACCACCUUUGGUCACCGGAAGAGCUGCGCUCCUCGACAUACGACAAGGGAACACUGAUUACAGACCACUUCGAGGUCGUCGAGAAGACCCCUGAACGGAUUGUGGUGCGCUGCGGUGACUCGCCCCGUCUGCGUGAUGUGCGGGAAUCGGACGGUCUCUUUGAGAUGUCCGCGGUUGUAAAGCCGGAUGAGGGCGUCGCGGUGUUUGGGCUGAAGAGUUGCUUCUACAAAGGUCUUGGAAAGGCGGACUCGGAGCCAAUGCCGGCGCAUAUUGUCUGGUUGCACAAGCAGUAUACCAAGUUGUGGUCGGAGUCUGCUAUCCGCAAUGUCUUGCGGUGA